AUGGCGUGUAAACACGAUGGAAGCAAAACCAAGCGCUCACGGAUAUGGGACUUGUACGAGAACAAACUGUACCGAACACCUCCGACUCCGACUCCUGAGCAGUUGGCUAAACGCGAAAAAGGCUUUGUUUUAGACGGCGUUGCGGUCAGCAAUAUAUCGCAUGAUUAUGGCCGGUGCAACCCGAAAGUCGGUUCAGCCAUUCCAGAAUACGACGCGCAGAAAGAUCCAUGCGCCGUGCGCUAUUUUGAGACCAGUUGCGUGAGACGCGGUUUACCGAAGACCGGACAGGAACCUCCCGGGACAUGUGCUGAAGGAGCAAGUGUUGAAAGGUUCGCUCCGGCCGAUUACCUACGACGCCGCAAUGUGUGGGGAUGCGGUCGCUCCACGGAGGUCGCCGGUGGGCAUGGAUCUGGUGUCUUCGGACCAAUGACACUGAGAAGCUACAACGGAGAAUUUGGAUACCGUCGCAAUACACCAAAACUACGAAAUACUCCUUCGAGUUUUGGUGUAGUUACUGACCUUCCACUUCACUAAGUUUCCAUUAUCAUCGACAGUAGCUCUUACACAUGCAUACCAAACUUGUCGGUUCGCGCGACCACAAAGACUGCACAAUGGAUGCGAUGUUACCAUGGUUUUGCCAAUUGUUCACUUUGGUUCCUACGCUCCGCACUGAUUCGUUACCAAGUUUGUGAGAGAUGUUCAGAGCUAAUACUUCAUUUAGCAACGCAAGCAAACGAAAUACAUCCUCUUCG